AGAAAGUAACACAAAACAAAGAGAGAGAGAGAGAGAGGGACCAGCCAGAGUCAGACUGAGACAUAAAAAAAAAAUUCCGUUGUGCUGCAAAGAGAGCCUGGGGUCUAUAUCUGAGACACCAUGUUGUAGAUGAAAUCAGAGAGCUACGCCACUUAGGGGGAGAGAUAGUGCCUGGCAUGAGAGUGUAAAAUGUUGCCCAAGAAGGGGUGGAGAGAACAGGGCAGGAGAGGUGUUGAGAUUGUUUAGGAAGGGUGAGUGGUUAUUUGUCUGUCUUGUUCUGCCCUCCCUUGCUCUCUCUCUUUCAGGGUUUUCUCUUUACACUUACUCUUUACAAAAUGAACUGGAAAGACUGUUCCUAAAAAAAUCUUGGCUACUUCUGGAAAACUGACCAAAGAAAUUGAGGAUUUAUGAAUUGAGGACUUGAUGAAUGUAGGCUUGAAAACAAACAUUUUUGAGAGAUUGUUUGUAAACAGUUUUGAGAGAUUAUUUGUAAACAUUUUUGAGAGAUUAUUUGUAAACAGUUUUGAGAGAUUAUUUGUAAACAGUUUUGAGAGAUUAUUUGUUUGCGCUUUUCUGGACAAGACGUUUCCCCUCCACUCUUUCUAAACCUCAGCAGCUGUCUCCAUUCCUGUUGGACUAUGGUAUAUUCUGGCGCUCUGCCCCUAUCUGGGUUACCUGAUUUCAUUGGAUUAUUCUUUGGAUUACUGAGGAACACUGGUGAAGAUAUAUUGUAUAAAAUGUGCUCUUUUCAACCAAAGCUGUCAACCAUAAAGAUACAAUGACAACAUUUACUAAGCUGUCCAUGCCAUACGUGCCAGACAUCUAGACCACUCCCUCAUUCAACUGUCACAGAUAGGGCUGCCAGACACAAACCGCCAGGGUGCACUGAAUUGAUCCCACUCGGACUAACACACCACAACCAGGAAUCCCUCCUCAGGACAAUGGCCACAGGAGGGAACGGGCUAGGAUCUGACCGGAGCCUGAAAUCCACCUCCCAGCCGUCGAGUGCCUCUGACCAGCGGCAGGUGGACAAGGCCCUAAAAAGGCUGGAGAAGCUGCACCAGCUGUGUACCAACCCCAGGCUGGGCCUGAGGAACAGCCCCCCGUACCUCCCCGAUGUGGUCUCAGAGACAACCACGCUGCUCACCCAGGUGUGGGAGCCGUACAGGGGUCCUGCAGCUGGGGGGCAGGCCCCCCGGGGGGACGAGGGGGAGUACCUGAGGAUCCAUGCAAGACACCUGCUGGAUAAGACUAACCGGGCCGUGCUGCUGUUUAAAGAGGGGCGUGAUAAGAUGUUCGAGGAGAUGUCCAGCUACAGGAGAAACUUGACCAAGCUGUCCCUGCUCUUCAAUCACAUGCUCUGGGAGCUAAGGGCCAUGUUUCCAGAGGGAAGCUUUCAAGGCAACACCUUUAGGCUGACUAAGACAGAGGCUGGAGAGUUCUGGAGGCGAGAAUUUGGAAACAAGUGUAUUGUGCAGUGGAGCAGUUUUAAGCAGCAUCUCCGUAGGGUCCAUGGCUUUGAAGAGGGGAUGGAGUCCAUGGCUCUAAAGUCCACUGUAGAUCUCACCUGUAAUGACCACAUCUCAGUGUUCGAGUUUGACAUCUUCACCAGGCUAUUCCAGCCCUGGAGGUCUCUUCUGAGGAACUGGAACCAGUUGGCAGUGACCCACCCCGGCUACAUGGCCUUCCUCACCUACGACCAGGUCAAAGCCCGCCUCCAAAACUACCUGCACCAGCCCGGGAGCUACAUCUUCCGUCUGAGCUGCACUCGGAUGGGCCAGUGGGCCAUUGGUCAUGUGACUGGUGAUGGCGGCAUCGUACAGACGAUCCCCCAGAAUACACCUCUCUACCAGGCCCUCAUCCAGGGCUUCAGGGAGGGCUGCUAUCUUUACCCUGACGGACGUGAUGUGAACCCAGACCUCACCAGUCUGUGUGAACCAGCACAGAGAAGCAGGGUCAAAGUCACAGAGGACGAGUAUGAGAUGUACUGUGAGAUGGGUAGUGCCUUCCAGCUGUGUAAGAUCUGUACAGAGAGAGACAAGGACACACGCAUCCAGCCCUGCGGACACCUGCUGUGCCAACCCUGCCUCACAGGAUGGCAGAAGUCGGAUGGACACACCUGCCCAUACUGUCGCUGUGACAUCAGAGGGACAGAGUCCAUCCUGGUGGAGCCUUACCUGUCUGUCAGCGAGGAAGAGGAAGAUGAAGAUGACCUGGAGGAUGUACAGCUAGUCAUGAAAAACCUGGCCUAUAUGAAGAGGAUGUCGUCUGAAGAGUACCAGUUCCCCAGCUCUCGCCUCGUUCCACCCCUCCCUCCCAAACACAGCACCUUCUCCCACUGCCCUUCCCCACAAGCCCCCUUACGGCCCUCCGAUAUACUGGCCGAAAACUCCCACUCUAACUCGAGUUCUGCUCACAGUGACACCCCCUCAGACAGAGCGCUCACACACACCACUGCCAGCACUAACAGUGAGGAUUCUGUCUCAAAGCCAAACCUCCCCUCCUGUUCCGUCUCCUCCCAGUCCUGUGGAGAGGGUGGAGCAGCCUGGGAAGGGGCUUCAGAUUCAGUGAAACAGAAGAAGAGGUAUAAAGAAAGGAGUGAAAGGAUGUCAGAGCUCGGGUACAGCCAGAGAGAGCGGGAGAGAACCAUGUCCUCCUGACGCUGGGAGAAAAGAUAAGCACAACAUCUCUGACUCAAGAAUGGAUGGAUAAUAGGAAUAAGAAAGGUUGAUUUCCACUGUUCCUGAUAAACAGCCAUUGUUAAUCUUAUGUACCUUAUGAAUAUGUAUCUUAUGUAUGCCUUAAUAUGGAGGGAGAAUGCCCUGUUGAUAAACUAAUAAUGACAUCAAAGUGAAUGGAGAAGGACAGACUGAUGGAGCAACUCACUGAUGCCCUCUGCUGCACAGCAAACAGAGUAAGCUGCUGCACAGCAAACAGAGUAAGCUGCUGCACAGUUCCAAAAACAAGUAAAAUUAUUUCAUUGCUUGAUGUGUGUAUGUAGGGCAUUGAAAAUAUGCUACCUCCUAAUUUACCCCAUACUUAAAACAUAUUGUCCAGGAUGUAUGACUAGUACGGUAUAUAGCCUGCAUACUAUAGUUGUAUGUUAAUAUGAUCAAACAUGAAACCCAAAUAAAACUUUUGCACCUCCAUCAUACCAAUACAAAUGCACAUAGUAAUGAAAGUGUAGUUCCUAAGACAGACAGACGGAAGAUAGUGUAACUUCAGGCUUUAUUGUGUUUGACAUGCUUACACUCUGUGCUGAUUCCACUUUAGUAUCAAACUAGGAGGAGAGAGAGAGAAAGAGAGAGAGAGGAAGAGUUUGGAGGAGUGGAGGUCUGAGAGACAGGGAGGAAGAGUUUGGAGGAGUGGAGGUCUGAGAGACAAGGAGGAAAGCAGCUAGUGUUGUUACAUGUUGGCCUUCAUGGUCUCAUCGAUCCAGGGGAGGAACU